GUUACAAUAUUAAAUUUACUUAAUGUUAUUUCGUUAGUUGUUCAAAAUCAAGUAUGUCAAUCAUUUCAAAUAAUUCGAUAUUGUCCUUUUACGAUGGUCAAUCUUAUUGUUUCGUUAAAGAUAUUUUAGUGCCCGGUUAUACAAUCGAAGAGGAACUCAUCAGAAUCAUUGGAUUUGCUAGUUUUAAGGAGAUUAAUGAUUUCAUUUCAAAGAUUUCCAGUCAUUCAAUAAAUUUGCAUUAUCCCACGUUCGAUUUAAAAACACCCCUUCUAGAAGUUGUUCGUCGUGAGGAUGUUCAAAUCUUGGCAUUGCUUCUUGAUAAGAUUCCGGUCUCUUUGGAUGAUACUACUACGCAACCCUGUGGAAAAACAGUUCUUAUGAGUGCUGCAUAUACAAGUAGAAAUACAGAAAUAUUACAAUUGUUAUUAAAAAAAGGCGCCAAUCCUAACAAACUCGACGUUCGUAAUUGGUCUUGUCUUCAAUACGCCAUAGUUGGAGAACGUAUAAAAAAUGUAGAAAUUCUUUUAGACAUUGGUUUAGACAUCAAUGCUCGAGAUUGCGAUGAUCGAACACCAUUAAUGAUAGCCGUUAUUUUAUCUAACUUGGAGAUCAUUUCGUUGCUAUUGAAUCGUGGCGCCGAUUUUACUGUUCAAGAUCGAACAGGAUUCACUGCUUUACAACUUGCAAUUUUACGAAAAAAAAGAGACGCAGCUAUUAUUUUAAUUGAAAAAGGAAGCAACGUUUAUCUACCAACACCAUUGACCAAGAUUUCACUUAAACAAUUGUCCGAAAUUACAUUGACAAAGUUAUUACCUUCUAUUCAAUAUGACGACGACGACGACGAUGACGUUUUUCAUUAUGACGAUCAAGAUUCAAUCCACAAGAUGGCGGUGAAUGACACGAACGAUUACUGCAAUUAUCGAUAUGGAACGACUAUCGAAAUCAAAGUCGAUUCUGAUGUAUCGAUCAGUGAAGCCUGAUCGUAGAACAUUUCUACCCUUUCUCUCGAGCCCAGCACGCCUCGCACACAAUGAAAUGUUACGUGUCGGUGUGUCGGGAAACCGAAAGAAGCCGAGGGAAGCCGAGGGAAGCCGAGGUUAACUGCGGAUAUAUCAUCAUGGUAUUAUGUCUAUGUAUUUCUCUGCGGCGCGUGGUGGGGGUAUUAUUUCUCCG